UAAGGUUAGGGGUAAGAUCAGAAUCCUGUAUAAUCUUGCAUGUACUGAAAUUCUGAGAGUCAGAGGGAGAAGGAUUAAAACUCCAAUUCCUAGCAUCAACAGAUAACAUGGUGGGCAUACCCAGUAAGAAUCUCGUUCAUAUAAACAGCCUAUAGGGAUUUUGAGAAUAGAUUGUUGCUCAUACUGACAGAAAAUGUUUCUAACAAUAUCAAUUUUCCUUUUUAUACAUAAGAAUCCCUUGAGGAUCACGUUGCUGUUAGGCAUACUUGGCAUUUGCCUUGUUACCUUUAACAAAUUUCAACUGCUGCCAUGAAGUAUCGAACCAAGGACCUCUAGGAAUUCUUCUAAACUGCAUUCCAGUAACCCAGAGGUCAUCGGCUUCUGAAAUUAAGCUUUUCCUUCUUAAUUUUGAGGCGACGAACAAAUGUAUAUUUUUUUUGUAUAAAUAAAAGAAAAGAAAAAGAAAGUAGCUGAUCCAGUGGCAUAUGGUGCAAAUUCAACUGCUGCGACUAGCUAGGUAAUCAAAAUCAAUCAAUCGCUAUCUGAGCUUUUGAUCAGAUAUAUUCUCCAAAUUCCUUGAACGCGAUCAUCGACCAUGGCUGCAAAUGAAGAUUUUGCUCCAAAGAAGAAAAAAGAACCUACUGAAAGCGAUAAAAGGAGAAAAAAAAUUGUUCCUGGGAGUCUUAUGAAAGCUGAGAUGAGACCAGGAGGAGGUGAUGCUAAACCAUCAGAUGAUGACCAGGUCAUUUACCAUUGCACUGUUAGAACAUUAGAUGGAGUCGUUGUACAGUCUAGUAAAUUAGAAUAUGGAGGAAAGGGUACUCCAAUAAGACAAGUUUUGGGCAAAAGUAAGAUGCUGUUGGGGUUGUUGGAAGGGCUUACCACAAUGCUGAAGGGCGAAGUGGCUAUGUUCAAGAUGAAACCUGAAGUGCACUAUGGUGAGGAUGUCUGUCCAGUUUCACCUCCAAGUAGCUUCCCGAAAGAAGAUGAACUUCAUUUUGAAAUUGAGAUGAUGAACUUUUCCAAAGUCAAGGUUGUCAGCGAAGAUUUGGGUAUUAUAAAACAGGUAAUAAAUGAAGGACAGGGUUGGGAAUCGCCAAGGGAACCCUAUGAAGUAAAAGCUAGGAUUUCUGCAAAGACAGGUGACGGGAAAGUAAUUCUUUCAUGCCCACAAGGAGAACCAUAUUUCUUUACAUUUGGGAAAUCUGAGGUACCUAAAGGUCUUGAGAUGGCGAUAGGAACAAUGACACGGGAAGAGAAAGCAGUAAUAUAUGUCACUAGUGAGUAUUUGACUGAGUCUCCUCUCAUGUCUGUGGCUGAAGGUUGUGACGAAGUUCAUUUUGAGGUGGAGCUUGUCCAUUUCACUCAGGUGCGGGACAUGCUUGGAGAUGGACGCCUGAUAAAGCGUCGGCUUUGUGAUGGAAGAGGUGAGUUUCCGAUGGAUUGCCCUCUUCAUGACAGUCUACUGCGAGUCCAUUACAAGGGGAUGCUUCUUGACGAGGAAAACAAAGUCUUCUAUGAUACAAGAGUUGAUAAUGAUGGUCAACCUUUGGAGUUCAGUUCUGGAGAAGGGCUUGUACCUGAAGGAUUUGAAAUGUGUGUUCGUUUAAUGCUCCCGGGAGAGAUUGCUCUUGUCACAUGCCCUCCUGAUUAUGCAUACGACAAGUUCCAGAGGCCAGCUAAUGUUCCUGAAGGUGCUCAUAUUCAAUGGGAAAUUGAGCUACUUGGUUUUGAGAUGCCAAAGGACUGGACUGGUAUGGAUUUUCCAACUAUUAUGGGUGAAGCAGAGAAGAUUAGAAACACAGGAAACAGGCUCUACAAAGAAGGAAAGUUUGAACUUGCUAAGGCGAAAUAUGAGAAGGUACUUAGGGAAUUUAAUCAUGUUAAUCCUCAAGAUGAUGAGGAAGGGAAGGUUUUUGUAGAUACAAGAAAUCUGUUAAAUCUGAACUUGGCUGCGUGUUACCUCAAAAUGGGAGAAUGCAAAAAGUCUAUUGAGUAUUGCAAUAAGGUUUUGGAUGCAAAUCCUGCACAUGCCAAGGCUCUUUACCGGCGGGGAAUGGCCUACAUGACAGACGGAGAUUUUGAGGAAGCAAGACGUGAUUUUGAAAUGAUGAUGAAAGGUGACAAGUCAUCUGAAGCUGAUGCAAUGGCAGCACUUCAAAAACUGAAGCAGAAGAAGCAGGAAGUUGAGAGGAAGGUGCGCAAGCAAUUUAAAGGAUUAUUUGACAAGAAGCCAGGAGAAAUUGCAGAUGCUGGAAUUCACGGCACAGAAGAAAGGACUGUAAGUGAAAAUCAGAAGAAAGAUGAUCAGGAGGAUUCGGAUAGGAUUGAGGAAGAGGCCUUGCUUCAAGAUGCAGCCAAUGCACCUAGAGGAGGCUGGUUCUCCCACUUGUGGCCUACUGGUCGAAGACUGUUUUCGGCUCUGGGGUUUCAAAGAUGUACCAUAUUGUAACAUUGAUUCUCGUCGUGGUUAGGCAUCCCCAGCUUGUUACACCUGGGGAUUGGCUAUAUUUCCACAUUACCUGACAGGAGUGACGAUACAGUAAAAUUUUAUCUUCAAGGGAAUAAAGAUUAAGGAAUGUUUAUAUACAUUAUACACAUAAACACUGAUAGACAUCAUGUUGGAAGGCUACAAAAUGUUGAGAGAUUGAGAAUUUUCUGUUGUUUAA